AUGGUGCGGGAAUCAAUCCUACUGGCACUUGUCGCCCUUCCUACUUCGACCCUUUCCUUGCACACAUCUCCAGGCCUGCCCUUCGUAAUCAACACCUGGGGCGGCCCCUUCACAGCAGCCACUGAUGCUGCUUACCUCGCCCUGAUCAACAGCGCAACGGUAUCGGCCCUCGACGCGGUUGAGAUCGGCUGUGCGACAUGCGAGCGCAACCAAUGCGAUGGCACUGUCGGUUUCGGUGGAUCGCCCGAUGAAUCCUGCGAGACGACGCUCGACGCCAUGAUCAUGGACGGCACAACCAUGAAGAGCGGCGCUGUGGCUGGGCUGCGACGCGUGAAGCAUGCUAUUGCUGUUGCUCGGGCUGUCCUGCACCACACGCGACAUUCGUUGCUGGUGGGGGACCUGGCGACGCAGUUUGCGGUUGAAAAUGGGUUUGUAGAGGAGAAUCUCUCGACAGAGGAGAGCAAGAGGAGAUGUGAAGAAUGGAGGGCAAGGAAUUGCCAAGCGAACUACAGAAUGAACGUGGAACCAGAUCCUAGCACAUCCUGCGGACCGUACAAGCCACUUCCGUUAGAUCAGUCGGCGUUGGCAUGGGCCGUUGCACAGAAUCCGGAGCCGCCGUCGCACGACACAAUAUCCAUGGUGGCGAUCCACUCUUCCGGAGCCAUGGCAGCCGGCACGUCAACCAACGGAGCAUCAUUCAAGGUUCCGGGUCGGGUUGGUGACGGGCCUAUCGUCGGGAGUGGAUCAUAUGUGGAUGGUGAUGUGGGCGGGUGCGGGGCGACCGGUGAUGGGGACAUAAUGAUGCGCUUCCUGCCGUGUUACCAGGCCGUGGAGAACCUCCGAAGGGGGAUGAGCCCGACAGAAGCGGCAGAGGAUGCGGUGCGGCGCAUGUUGAGGAAGUACCCGGACAUUUCAAGCGGGAUUGUAGUGGUGAACAAGAAGGGAGACCACGGCGCAGCAGCGUCUGGUUGGACUUUCACCUAUGCUUAUCGCGGCGGUGAAAUGAAUGCAACGGCUGUGGUGACUGUGCCACCGCUGACAGCGAAGGAUGAGCUUUGA